CAGAAUCGUCCCAAAAGAACCAGAACCAGUCCAUCCAUCAAUGAAACUGAUUGAUUAAAAAUCAAACAGACUUCGAUCAGAACCGAUGUCAGAAGACCAAACGGGUCGGGUUCCUGCAGAGAUGGAACCCGACCUGUUCUGUGUGGGUUCAGACCGGGUCAGAGGUCAGGCUCCUGGAAGGUUCUGUAGAACCGGACUGGUGUUAGCCGGGCUCUAAGGAUUAACGGACAGGUUCCAGCAUCGGUCGGGUCUGAUCGAUGCUGGUAUUGAUCCGGUUUGGAUCCAGUCCAGGAAGAUUCUGCAUUCAAACCAGGUCAGCUUUAUUCAGAAUCACUCAGAGACAAACGCACUGGCAGGCGGCCAGCAGGAAACGCCACCUCAGCCCUUUCAAAAUAACAGCCUCAGAUACCUCUGACAGCAGGGCACUGACAAGUCAUGAGAGGUUCUGGUUCUGGUUCACUGAGGCCGAACCAACUCAGUUUCCCAUCAUACCUCAGGAAAAAAGGAAGUGGCAGACGGAGAUGGAGAACAAGCGGCGCCAGCUGGAGGACGAACGGAGAGCUUUGCAGCACCUGAAGUCGAAAGUUCUGAGGGAGCGCUGGCUCCUGCAAGGACCCGAUGGACCGGACCAAAACCAGAACCAGGACCCGGAACAGGUCCGGAGUCAGCUGGAGGAGGAUGAAGCCAGAACUAGAACCCUGGAAGAAUCCAUCAGGAGUUUGGAGCAGGAAGUCUCAAAGCUGGAAACUGGACCUGUUUCUCAGACCAUAACACACUCUGUUGUGAAUCCAACACCUGAUCCAGUUGUUGAGGUCAAAGGUCACAGCAGAAUGGAGCUGGGCGGAGCUAAGCUGUCAGGUCAGGCGAUCCAAGACCCUGCAGAGGUCAAAGUUCACAAAAGUCUUAAAGUCAGUAAAUCAAGAGAAGACCGGGGUGAGAUGAAGAAAGCCAUGUACUCAGUGGAGAUUAAAGUAGAGCGGGACAAAGUGACGGGGGAAACCAGAGUUCUUUCCACUAACACCAAACUUCCUGUUGACCUCUCCGAUCAAGGGGUCAAAGUCUAUGAAGAUGAACAGAAAGUGGUCCAUGAGAUGAACGGGGACGACGCUCACCUGCUCAGCUCCGUUGAGGUGGAGGAGCUCAUCCACAAAGCUGGCGAGGCCUCGGUGAUGUCACAUUCCGUUACCACGGCAACCUCCCGGCCAACGGGAGAAGUCCGGAGGGAGUCGGACCUUCUGCCGGAACCGGAACCGGGGUCCACACGGACCCCCGGUCACGCCCCGUCCACCGCCGCAGCGAUCACGGGGCUGGAGACGACGGCCGGCGGGGAGCCGGACGUGGCGGAGGCCAGCGCCGACAACCCGGUUACCAUGGUGUUCAUGGGAUACCAGGAUGUGGAGGACGAGGACGAGACCAGGAAGCUUCUGGGGCUGCAGGGCACGGUGAAGGCGGAGCUGGUGCUCAUCAAUGACGGAGAUGGAAAGGUCGAUCCACCUGCCUCUGCUGCCCCGCCCUCUGCUGCCCCGCCUUCUGCUGCCCCGCCCACACCAACCACAGCUCCAGAAACGAACCUGCAGGUGGCACCAGUGGCUGGGACCUUACUGUCGCCAGGAGGUCAUCUGUCUGGAUGAAGGUCUCCCUGCUGCAUCCUCUUCACCUUCUUCUUCUCUUGGUGAAAGCCAUUGAUUUUUUUUUUCUCUGACCUCUGCUGUCUUUUCUGGAUUCUUUCUUAUGCUCUGAACUGUAAGUCAUGGAUCUUGUCGGUUGCUUUCUGAACAUGAUGGGUUCAAUUGAUUCUGAUCAGACUGGUCAAAGAAGAGCCCGUUGUGGCCCCGCUGGGAACAGCUUGGAUUCCUGGGGAAGCAAGUCCACCUUCCUGCCGCAAACAGGAAGGGGUGGGGCCAGGCCACAUGGCAGACAAAUGUCUUAUUUGGAAAUGAGUCCAGAAGUGAAGGGGGCGCUAUUUCUUAUCUUAUCCAAAGUCUCCAUUUAUAAUUUUCUCUUUAAAUCUCUGAUAUAUCUUAACUUUCAGGAAGGAUUUUCACUCUCAGCAUGUAUUUGAACUCCUGUCUUUAUUUACUUCAGUUCAGCUCAUAGUUUCUAACAAAUUUUGUAUCUUUCUGUGUAUUUCUAAAUCUGCUCCCCAGUUGCUCUUUUCAGGUCUAUUACUGCCUCUACUGGUGUGGGUUGGUAACACAACUGAUAUAAUUACAUCACUAAGUCAGAAUAAAACAAAGUCUUUAUUUAUUAUUA